AUGGUAAGAGUUUUUGAAUUUUUUGUUGAGAUAGUCGAAAAUCUAGAAUUAAUCUGUUUUGGGCAUGUUGAAAGUUUUCUUUUGGUCAUAACUUUUUGAAUGGACGAAGUUGGUUGAUUUUGUUUGACAGAACAAGAAAGUUUAGGCUUUUCAACGCUUAUCUCAAAAAUUGUGUGAUUUGACUUAGAACUCAGCUUCUUUUCAUUAAAAUUCAUGAGCAAGCUUGUUUGAUCUCAUGUGUAAUAUAAUAUAGAUUUGAAGUCAUAUCUCUGAAUAUAGAUUUGAAGUCAUAUCUCUGCCAAUUGAUGUUUUUCUAACUUUAUACAUUACAUCAAUAAUUUUACGCAUCUUGCCGUCAUUUUAAAUUAAAUUUUGAUAUUUUCAGGCUACCUUAACAGUGUGCACGGUACCAGAAUAUGUUGUGGAGCGGGUGAAAAAGUUUCGAUUCGCCAAAAGCAAAACGACAAAUGCUUUGAUAUGCAAGUUUUUAAUAUUUUAAAGUUAAUUUAUGUUUCUACAGUGAAAGCAGACAAGGACACAAUGAAAUUGCAGAUCGAGGAGGAGCUGGAGGUCAGUUUUUACACCACGAUGUGUUGUAGUAGGUAUUGAUGGCUGAAAUCUGUUUUUCGAGUUUAAACUUGGAAAUUAAUGUUGGAUUUUAAUUGUAAAGGAUGGUUACUUUUCAGGAUGUCAUAAUAGAAGAGAUUACCGAGCAAAUCCCAGCCCAUCAGCCGCGAUUUGUGCUGAUUUCCUUCGAGAACAAGAAGGAUGAUGGAAGGAUAACAUAUCCCCUUUGUUUUAUCUUCUACAGUCCUCCAGGAUGUUCAAUAGAGCUUACAAUGUUGUACGCUGGUAGUAGGAACAAUUUGGUCAAUCUUUGCGAACUGUCAAAGGUAAAGAUUGCUUUUCUAAAUCAAUUUUGGUGAAAGAUCAAACUUGCCAUGGCAAUGGAUAAUAUCUUUGAGUGAUUUUGGGUAAAACUUGGCUUGAUUAUACUUAUAUUAAGUUUUUUGAUUGUAAAAUACGUUUUAUUCGAUUAAAAAAAACAAAAAUCUUUUUUUAAACUUUCAGUGUGCCGAAGUUCGUGACCUCGAGGACAUUACACUGGAGUUCCUGGCCAACAAAUGCGCAUGA